GAUAUUUUAUACAACGGAGAUACAUAUAAUUGACGACAAUACUCGAUGACUUACGUAAGCAAUGACGUCGGAUCGCCAUAUUAAAAAGAUUAGCUUAAUGCAGCAGCAGUCAAGCAUCAGCUUUCAACACGUAACGUUGUGCUUCAGUAUUCCUUUGUUGGUUCUUAACAAAGCGACAAAUAAAAACAUUCAAAAAACACACCAUUCACAAAAAGUUACUGAUUUUAAUUUCCAUAAAAUUAUAUACAGUGUAAACAAUUUAACGGUGAGACCAUAUAUAUAUAUACCAAAAUGAUAUAUAUAAUCAUUUCGUCGGUGAUACUUGGUGCUCUAGGUUUUUAUUAUUACUUCUAUAAAAAUGUAAAUUAUUUCAAAAAACAUGGUAUACCAUAUAAGUCGCCUCUUCCUAUAUUGGGAAAUAUGGGACCAGUAAUUUUCCGUUUGAAGUCAAUAGCCGAUCUUAACAAAGAAAUUUACAACAUAAGUUCUGAAGCCAAGUAUGUUGGUAUGUUUGAUGUGGCCCUUCCUUUUGUGAUGAUACGCGAUCCUGAGCUUAUUAAAUCCAUCACGUUAAAACACUUUGACAUGUUCAUGAACCAUCGCAGUUUUGUGGAUGAAGAAUUAGAACCAUUAUUUGGUAAAAAUCUGUUUUCUCUUCAUGGAGAGAAAUGGCGACAGAUGCGAUCUUUGUUGAGCCCGGCCUUUACGGGCAACAAAAUGAAAAGCAUGUUCAAACUAAUGUCAGACUGUGGUGUCGACUUCAGCAAUUACUUGGCACAAUUAUCACCGGAGAAGAGGAUAAUACAAAUGAAAGACGUCUUUACCAGGUAUACUAACGAUGUGAUUGCUACUUGCGCUUUCGGCGUCAGUGUUGAUUCCAUGAAAAACCCAAAAAACGAAUUCUAUGUAUAUGGCAAGGAAGCAGCAAGCUCUUUCAGCAUUAUAUUCUUAAUAAAGCUAUAUAUAUUUAGAAGCUUGCCUUUACUGGCACGAUUACUCCAUUUGAGAGUCCUCCGUAAGCAAAUAGCAGAUUUUUUCCGAAACCUCAUAGAAACCACUAUAAAAACCAGGGACGAAAAUGGUAUUGUUCGUCCAGAUAUGUUGCAAUUGAUGAUGGAAAGUAGACGUAAAGAGGGCAAGCCAGAAUUGACCAUCGAUGAUAUGGUAGCACACGCAUUCAUCUUUUUCUUAGGUGGCUUUGAUGGUACUUCAACUUUAAUGUGCUUUGCUGCUCAUGAGAUCGCGGUAAACCAAGAUAUACAAGAGAAAUUACAAAAAGAAAUUGAUGAAGUUUUAGAAAAAACAAACGGACAAAUAUCUUACGAAGCGAUUAACAGCAUGGAAUAUUUGAAUGCUGUGAUCGAAGAAGCUCUCAGAAUGUAUCCGGUUGCCGUGUCAAUGGACAGAUUAUGCGAAAAAGAUUUCGAACUACCGCCGACAUUACCAGGAUUGAAACCAUUUACUGUAAAGAAAGGUAACGUUAUAUGGGUACCAGUUUAUGCACUUCAUCAUGAUCCUAAAUACUUCAAAGAUCCGGAAAAAUUUGAUCCCGAACGAUUUCUCGGUGAACGAAGGAAGGACAGUCUUAAUUGCGGAGCCUACAUUCCUUUCGGUCUUGGUCCCAGAAUGUGCAUAGGUAACAGAUUUGCGUUGCUGGAGACAAAGGUCCUGCUGUUCCAUUUACUAGCUCGUUGCGAUUUAAAGACCUGUGAGAAAACAUUAAUGCCACUCAAGCUUGCUAAAGAUGGAUUUAAUAUGAAACCUGAAGGAGGUUUCUGGCUGAUGGUGUUGGCAAGAAAAAGUGUGCAUCAUACUCUUUUAGUUAAUCUUAGCAAUGAGAUACAUUAGAAAUCAUAUGGAACCAAAAUUAUCAUGAAAUAGGAUUUCUUUCUGAGAAUUACUUCUUUGACGUUUUUAAUUGUUUGCCAAGAAGGCUUUUGUUGCUGCAAGUUCAAAAAGUAACAAUAUUCCUACAUUUGAAUAUUCUUGCAUAGGAAAUAUUUCUGCAAUAUUCAACACAGUUAUAUUAUCUUUUAUAAGUUUUUUAAGAAAAGCAAACAAAAAUCUUGAAUUAUAAUUUUAUUGAGUACUGCUUCUUAUCUUGCAUUAUUGCCAUGCUAUUAUUGUUUAAUUUUAAUGGUUUUUGUGAUAAUUAUCCAAUUGCUGUUGUAUCGAGACUUUUCUAUUAUGUUGCUUUAAUUUUUUUUUUAAUAAAAUAUUUUCUUAAUUUAAUAUUAUUGUAAAGAUAAGUUAUACAGGCAAGUGCGUUAAUAAAAUUUAGGCAAUUAUAUAACAAAAAAAAAAAAAAAAAAAAAAAAAAAACAGAUGGACUUCCGUUUCCGGUGUCAUAGAGAGUGACAGGUGUGUGUGUGGCGUGUGAAAGAGCGAGUGAGUAAGGUGGUUAAGAAGCAGAGAUUAAUUGCGAGAGGGGUGGCAGUGAGAGAAGGUACGUUAGGUGGAGUAGGGGAAGAAGAGUAGGAGAGGAGAAAAUAGUAAUUAGUUAAUUA